AUGUUUUAUUGCUCUCUCUCCUUAAUAAUGUUUUAUUGCUCUCUCUCUCUCCUUAAUAAUGUUUUAUUUCUCUCUCUCUCUCUCCUUAAUAAUGUUUUAUUUCUCUCUCUCUCUCUCUCCUUAAUAAUGCCACAUGUGUUGAUUAUCUAUCUAUCUAUCUAUCUAUCUAUCUAUCUAUCUAUCUAUCUUCCCCCCCUCUCUCUCUAUCUAUUUAUCUAUCUAUCUCGUUCGUUUCUCUCUGUGUCUCUGUCUCUAUAUCUAUCUCAUCAUCUAUCUAUCUAUCUAUCUAUCUAUCUAUCUAUCUAUCUAUCUCAUUCGUUUAUUCCCCACCCUCUCUCUCUCUCUCUAUCUAUCUAUCUAUCUAUCUAUCUAUCUAUCUAUCUAUCUAUGUCGUUCGUUUCUAUCUAUCUAUCUAUCUAUCUAUCUAUCUAUCUAUCUAUCCUUCGUUUAUAUAUCUAUCUAUCUAUCUAUCUAUCUAUCUAUCUAUCUAUCUAUCUAUCUAUCUAUCUAUCUCAUUCGUUUAUUCCCCCCACCUAUCUAUCUAUCUAUCUAUCUAUCUAUCUAUCUAUCUAUCUAUCUAUCUAUCUAUCGUUUAUCUAUCUAUCUAUCUAUCUAUCUAUCUAUCUAUCUAUCUAUCUAUCUAUCUAUCUCAUUCGUUUUAGUUCCCCCCUCUCUCUAUAUAUUUAUCUAUCUAUCUCAUUCGUUUUUAUUCCCCCCACCUCUCUCUCUCUCUAUCUAUCUAUCUAUCUAUCUAUCUAUCUAUCUAUCUAUCUUAUGUUUUCGUUUCUAUCUAUCUAUCUAUCUAUCUAUCUAUCUAUCUAUCUAUCUAUCUAUCUAUCUCAUUCGUUUAUUCCCUCCUCUCUCUAUCUAUCUAUCUAUCUAUCUAUAUAUCUAUCUAUCUAUCGUUUAUAUCUAUCUAUCUAUCUAUCUAUCUAUCUAUCUAUCUAUCUAUCUCAUUCGUUUAUUCCCCCCACCUCUCUAUCUAUCUAUCUAUCUAUCUAUCUAUCUAUCUAUGUCGUUCGUUUCUCUCUGUGUCUCUAUCUAUCUAUCUAUCUAUCUAUCUAUCUAUCUAUCUAUCUAUCUAUCUAUCUCAUUCGUUUAUUCCCCCCCCCUCUCUCUCUCUCUAUCUAUCUAUCACAUUCAUUUUACUUUAUAUUUAUUUCAUUCCUUUCAUUAUCUAUUUCUUUUCAAUGUCUAUCAAUUGACCGAAAAAGGGAGAAAAAUGAUGUGUUAUUAUUUAUACUCAUAUUGGGAUUCUUCAAUCAAUUCCGGAAAACAAUUUAUUUAUUCAUUUCCUUAUUUUCAUUUCUCGUUCGUUCCUUUCUCUCUUCUCUUUCUCGUUCCUUUCUUUCUCACUCACUCGUUCCUCCCCUUCUCCAUCUUUCUCUUUGUUUCCUUUCUCUCCCCACUUUUUCGUGGCUUAAUUUCUGUCUCUCGUUCGCACCUUUCUCUCUCUCUCUCUCCUUCCUCGUCCCUUCAUUUUUCUCACUCCUUUCUCGUCCCAUCCUUUCUCUCUCUCGUUCGUUCCUUCCUUUCUCUUGUUCCUUCCUCUCUCUCUCUUGUCUCUUCUAUUCUCUUUCUCGUUCCUUCUUUUCUCUCUCUCUCCUUCCAUCCUUUCUUUCUCCCGUUUCUUCCUUUUUCUCUCUCGUUCGUUCGUUCCUUUCUUUCUUUCUUUCUCCCGUUCCUUCCUUUCUUUCUCCUGUUCCUUCCUUUUUCUCUCUCGUUCCUUCCUUUCUUUCUCGCGUUCCUUCCUUUUUCUCUCUCGUUCCUUCCUUUCUUUCUCCCGUUCCUUCCUUUUUCUCUCUCGUUCCGGCCUUUCUUUCUCGCGUUCCUUCCUUUUUUUCUCUCGUUCCUUCCUUUCUUUUCGCGUUCCUUCCUUUUUUUCUCUCUCGUUCCUUCCUUUCUUUUUCUCCUGUUCCUUCCUUUUUUUUCUCUCGUUCCUUCCUUUCUUUCUCCUGUUCCUUCCUUUUUUUCUCUCAUUCCUUCCUUUCUUUUCUCCUGUUCCUUCCUUUUUUCUCUCUCGUUCCGGCCUUUUCUUUUCUCGCGUUCCUUCCUUUUUCUCUCUCGUUCCUUCCUUUCUUUUCUCCUGUUCCUUCCUUUUUCUCUCUCGUUCCUUCCUUUCUUUCUCCCGUUCCUUCCUUUUUUCUCUCUCGUUCCUUCUUUUCUUUUUCUCCUGUUCCUUCCUUUUUUCUCUCUCGUUCCUUCCUUUUCUUUUCUCCCGUUCCUUCCUUUUUUCUCUCGUUCCUUCUUUUUCUUUUCUCCCGUUCCUUCCUUUUUCUCUCUCGUUCCUUCCUUUCUUUCUCCCGUUCCUUCCUUUUUCUCUCUCGUUCCUUCCUUUCUUUCUCCCGUUCCUUCCUUUUUCUCUCUCGUUCCUUCCUUUCUUUCUCCCGUUCCUUCCUUUUUCUCUCUCGUUCCUUCUUUUCUUUCUCCCGUUGCUUCCUUUUUUUCUCUCUCGUUCCUUCUUUUUUUUCUUUUCCCUGUUCCUUCCUUUUUCUCUCUCGUUCCUUCCUUUCUUUUCUCCUGUUCCUUCCUUUUUUUCUCUGGUUCCUUCCUUUCUUUCUCGCGUUCCUUCCUUUUUCUCUCUCGUUCCUUCCUUUCUUUCUCCUGUUCCUUCCUUUUUUCUCUCUCGUUCCUUCCCUUUCUUUUCUCCUGUUCCUUCUUUUUCUCUCUCGUUCCUUCCUUUCUUUUUCCCUGUUCCUUCCCUUUUCUCUCGUUCCUUCCUUUCUUUCUCCUGUUCCUUCCUUUUUUUCUCUCUUGUUCCUUCUUUUCUUUCUCCCGUUCCUUCCUUUUUCUCUCUCGUUCCUUCCUUUCUUUCUCCUGUUCCUUCCUUUUUCUCUCUCGUUCCUUCCUUUCUUUCUCGCGUUCCUUCCUUUUUCUCUCUCGUUCCUUCUUUUCUUUCUCCCGUUCCUUCCUUUUUCUCUCUCGUUCCUUCCUUUCUUUCUCCCGUUCCUUCCUUUUUCUCUCUCGUUCCUUCCUUUCUUUCUCGCGUUCCUUCCUUUUUCUCUCUCGUUCCUUCCUUUCUCUUUUUCGUUAAUUUCUUUUUUUCUCGCGUUCCUUACUUUUCGUUCCUUCUUUUCCCUCUCUCUCGUUCCUUCCUUUCUUUCUUCCGUUCCUUCCUUUUUCUCUCUCGUUCCUUCCUUUCUUUCUCCCGUUCCUUCCCUUUUCACUCUUGUUCCUUCCUUUCUCUUUCUCAUUCCUUUCUUUCUUUCUUUCUCUCGUUCGUUCCUUUCUCUCUCUCGUUCCUUCCUUUUUUUUUAUCUCUCACUUUUUCGUUCCUUUCUUUCUCUCCUUCCUUCUUUUCUCCCCUUUCCCGUUCCUUCCUUUCUCUCACUUUUUCGUUCCUUGCUUUCUCUUUCUCCUUUCUCACUUCUCUCUUUUCUCGUUCCUUUCUUUCUUUCUUUCUUUUUUUUCUCGUCUUUUCUUUAUUAUUCUAUCCCUUUUUUUCUUUCCUUUCUCGUUCUUUCUUUUUCUUUUUCUUUUAAACAGUACACUAUACUGUUGAUUCUAUCCUCUUGGAAAUUUAUAUAUAUAUUUAUUGACCACUAUCUAUCUAUCUAUCUAUCUAUCUAUCUAUCUAUCUAUCUAUCUAUCUAUCUAACCGGCCAUGUUUUUGAAUUUAUUUGCACAUUCACGCAUGUAGUUACGAAUUUUUUUAAUUUACUAAUCUAUCUAUCUAUCUAUCUAUCUAUCUAUCUAUCUAUCUAUCUAUCUACAUAA